UGGUAUGUCUAUAUAUCACUACCACCUUCAGAUGCUGAGAAAGUGGAUUUCACACCACAGUCAUAAACCUCAUCAAGUAGCAAUCUCCAUAACCAGUUUGCGUCUACUCUUCUUCUUCUUUAUGUUGGAUUUCAAAUCUGUUUCCUCUCAAAAGAAACAAACCAUGAGCAUUUCUACCUCAAAAGCUCAAUGUUUACCACUUAAGUUUUGUCUCAUCUCUUAAGAUCUUUCCAUAUCACACACUACUCUGUUCCGUGUUUUCCGCUUCUUGCUCACCAUUGUUGCUUCUCCCAUUUAAACCAUUUUGGUUUCUGCAAAUGGCGCACUGACUCUGCUUUAAGCCGUUAACCUUUCCCUGCCAAAUUCAACAUUUUUCUCUAAGAAAAAAAAGAUAAGCAAUUGAGUUGCAGCAAGUUGUGCUAUAAAGGUCCUAUAUAGCUUCAUCACUAUAUAUAUAACUACCUUGCCAAGAAGAAAGCCUCAAACCUGCUAGAAAAAAGCCUUUUACAUAACAGUUUUCUUAUCAAAAACAUCAAAAAGAUGUCCAUCUCUUGCACCAGAAACUUCUUUGAAAGAUUCUGCGUUGAGGAAUACAAUAUUGAUACCAUAAAACAUAGUAGCUUCCUCUCCGCAGAUCUUUUGCCAUCUCUUGGAGCUAGAAUUAACCAAUCAACUAAGCUACGUAAACACAUAAUCUCUCCUUUUAAUCCAAAAUAUAGAGCAUGGGAGAUGUGGUUAGUCUUUCUAGUCAUUUACUCAGCUUGGAUUUGUCCUUUUGAAUUUGCCUUCAUCACCUACAAGAAAGACGCCCUUUUCAUCAUAGACAAUAUUAUUAACGGCUUCUUCGCCAUUGAUAUUGUCCUCACCUUCUUCGUCGCCUAUCUCGAUAGCCACUCCUAUCUUCUAGUUGACAACCCUAAGAAAAUAACAAUAAGGUACCUCUCUACUUGGUUCGCCUUCGAUGUGUGUUCUACAGCACCAUUUCAGCCAUUGAGCCUCCUGUUUCACUAUAAUGGAAGCGAGUUAGGAUUUAGAAUUCUUAGCAUGCUCAGGUUAUGGAGGCUCAGACGGGUUAGCUCGCUGUUCGCAAGGCUUGAGAAAGAUAUCCGUUUCAACUAUUUCUGGAUACGGUGCACAAAACUCAUUUCGGUCACUUUGUUUGCUGUACAUUGUGCUGGAUGUUUCAACUACCUGAUCGCAGAUAGAUAUCCCAAUCCAAGAAAGACAUGGAUUGGAGCUGUUUAUCCAGAUUUCAAGGAAACAAGUCUCUGGAAUAGAUAUGUGACUGCUCUUUACUGGUCUAUUACGACGUUGACGACCACUGGAUAUGGAGAUUUGCAUCCUGAGAAUCCAAGAGAAAUGCUCUUUGACAUUUUCUUCAUGAUGUUCAACCUCGGCUUGACGGCUUACCUGAUUGGUAAUAUGACUAACCUCGUUGUUCACUGGACUAGCCGAACCAGAAGCUUUAGAGAUACAGUGAGAGCUGCUUCAGAGUUUGCUUCAAGAAACCAACUCCCACAUGACAUACAAGACCAAAUGUUAUCACACAUUUGCCUGAAGUUCAAAACAGAGGGCUUGAAACAACAAGAAACUUUGAACAAUUUGCCAAAAGCAAUCCGGUCAAGCAUUGCAAACUAUCUCUUCUUCCCCAUUGUUCAAAACAUUUAUCUAUUUCAAGGAGUUUCUCGUGACUUCCUCUUUCAGUUGGUUUCAGAUAUAGAUGCUGAGUAUUUCCCACCUAAGGAAGAUAUAAUUCUACAAAACGAAGCUCCAACGGAUCUUUACAUUCUGGUCUCAGGAUCAGUGAAUUUCACAGCCCAUGUUGAUGGACAAGAUCAGAUUCAAGGCAAAGCAGUUGUUGGAGAUAUGUUUGGAGAGAUUGGAGUUCUAUGCUAUAGACCACAACCUUUUACGGUAACGACAACCGAGUUAUCUCAAAUACUACGGAUAAGUAGAACAUCGCUGAUGAGCGCGAUGCACGUUCAUGCUGAAGAUGGACGAGCUAUAAUGAACAAUCUCUUCAAGAAAAUUAGAGGACAACAAUCAAUAGCAAUAGAAGAUACUACUAAUAAUGACCAAGAAAACAUAAAUUUUCAACUAAUGGGAUGGGAAGAGUGGAUGGAGUCAAGAAAAGAUGCCAAUGGUUUAGAUGUUACAGAGUCAACUUCAGACAAUGGAGAAAAGGCUAUAAUGGAUGCAACCCACAAGGGAGAUACGGAAACAAUUAAGAAGCUAGUUAAACAUCAGCAUUGCAGCUCCAGCAUCCAAACCAAGCCAUGUAGAGGAAAAGACAAGAGAGUUACCAUUCACAUGUUGUCACAAGAGAAAGAUCUAUCACAGUGCCAUAACGGGAAGUUGAUACUCUUACCUAAAUCCAUAGAAGAGCUUGUAAUUCUAGCAGGUGAAAAGUUUGGAGGAUGCAGCUUCACAAAGAUCACGAAUGCAGAGAACACUGAGAUUGAUGAUUUAGAUGUCAUUAGGGAUGGUGAUCAUUUGUUUUUCUCAUCAAGCUGAGUUUGGAGGUAGUAACUGAGACUAGCCUUCCUUCGUUACAGCAAUGUAUGUAUAUCGGCAGCAGUGUAUUCUUACUCGGUUUCAUAGAAUUACAUUGUUAGAGGUUAUAUGAUAUAUAAUUUAAUAACAAAAAACUUGAAAAAUGAGAAAGUCGAAAUAAAGUAGUGCAAUGAAUAAUUUUUUGUUGCUUCAUCUUUUCUUAAACCACUGUACAAAAAAUCAAUGAAAAAUAACCAUCCCUAAUUUUUCUAUGGUCAAAAACCUUUUUUAAAAAUAUUAAAAAAAAGAAGAUGAAGACCACAACCUUAAUUAAUGAAUGGUAGCUUUGCUGUUCUCUUUCACGUUUGUAUACAUCAACGUAUUCCAAACAUGCUACACAAUUGUUGGGAAACAUUUGAUUUCCAGUAAUUUAGAGCGUGUUUUUAGGCCACCAACAAAAGUUAGAACCUGUAUAAAUCUAUAGACUAGUUAAAACUUCUGUUACGUACAUAUUAUUAUAGUGUGUCUUUUUAGAUUUUGGUCACGGACCUUACCCAGCAUGGCAGCAUUUGAUUGAAUCAUGUACUAGCUACAACAUUGCAAGUGAAAAGCCAUUAAGACAAAAGUCUAAUUCUAAUAUUGCAAGAUGUUAAUCUGCGUCAGAUACGACGCAUCUUUCAAUAUAUAUAGUUGCUUACUGAAACUCCUCAAAAUAUCUAACUGUCUUAGUUUAGUAAGAAUAAUUAUUUCACGAGUUGAAAAAGACAAAACUGAAUAUAUAUUCCACGAACACGAAGUGCAUGCGUCCCACCUACGCAGUACGCACAUCUGUUGCUUAACCUACUCAUCUUCUUUUCUGUUAUUCCUAUUAUACCCUCGUCUGCGCCCUUGUUCCUACACUUCUACAAGCCCAACUUCGUAACUUCACAUGUCCAAAAAUGUCUCACAAAGUCACAAACCUAAAGACGUAUAUAAAAAACUCACCAACGAUUCCCAUAAUCACAGACCCUCAUCGCAUCAAACCAAUCUAAUGUCGUCUCUAGAAACCAAACCAGAUCAAAGACAAGGAGCUGAGAUCUUCAAUGGAGGAUCAACCUGCAAGCAAAAAGCAAACGAGAUCUUAUCGACCAUGAAUCUUCCCAAAGGACUCCUCCCUCUGGACAACAUGACAGAGAUCGGUCACAACAAAACAACCGGUUAUAUCUGGAUCAAGAUUAACAAGAACGUUCAGCAUCGGUUCAAGGCGAUCGGAAGAAACGUGUCGUAUGACUCGGAGGUCACUGCGUUCGUGGAGAACCGUCGGAUGCGUAGUCUUACAGGGAUCAAGAGCAAAGAGCUUCUGCUUUGGGCUACGAUCUCUGAGAUCUUUGUUAAUGAUCAAGACCAAACGAAGAUCACUUUUGCUAAUCCGACGGGACUGUCACGUACUUUCCCUGUUACUGCUUUCGAGGAAGAAGAGAAGUGAUUUGUCAACGGUCUAGAACUUUGCUUUUAUUAGCCUUUUUUCUUUAUUUCGUUCCUUCUCUUUGCUUGGCUAUGUAUUGUUUAUCUGCGUCUUUCCGGUUACAAUAAUGAUAAAAUAAUGUACUUGCUUUUUAAUAUAGUUCUUAUUGUUCUAA